AGAGAAGGAAAAAGAAAAAGGAAAACUCCCAAUUUCUUUUAAUUUUCUUUUGAGAGUUCAAUAGAACACGCUCGUUACUGGAGCGUGGUACAACAACAUUCCGGCGACUCAUAGCCGACGGCGAGGUUUUCACUAACAUUAUCCAUUUGACGGAGGGAGACAGAAGCUACCGAAAAUGAGCUAUACCUGUCUAUUGUUGAACUCAUUAACGCCGUCAGUGUUUCCCGUGAAAAGAUACGGCAAAUCCAUAUGGCCGUCAGAAUUCCGGUGCCGGAAAACCAGAAAGGCAUCAUCAUUGAUAGUCUAUAGUCGUCUCGAGAAUUCUACCGAAAGCAAUGCUCAACAGCAACAGCUUAACCUUUCCGUGCUUCGUUUCACUCUCGGAAUACCUGGAUUGGACGAAUCUUAUUUGCCGAGAUACAUCGGCUACGCAUUUGGUUUUCUUUUGGUAUUGAAUCACUUUCUCGGCUCAGACUCAUCCGCCAUCACCGCAGCGCAGCUAAGAACGGAAGUUUUAGGUCUUCUUCUGGCUGUGUUCUCUGUUAUAGUUCCUUACCUUGGGAAGUUUCUUAAGGGUUCAGUUCUAGUAGAAGAAAGAAAUCUUCCUGAAGAUGCUGAGCAAGCCUUUGUCAUCUCAGAGAACAUAUCAGAUAUUCUGAAGGAGGAUUUGGCAUGGGGAACCUAUGUUUUGUUGCGCAACACAAGCAGCAUAUCAGUGCUUUUCUCACUUCAAGAUACAAUUUGUGCUCGUGGCUACUGGAGAACACCAAAAGAUGUAUUGAAAGCUCACUUAUGUGACUGGUUUGAGAAACAGAUCCAGCAAAGUGGUCUUCAUGAUUUGAAGGAGACACUUUAUUUUCCACAGGUCUCAGAUUCUGAAGUGUGGGAGAUGCUUCCAAAAGGAACCCGUUCUCUCCUCGUGCAACCUCUAAUACAAUCUGAAACCUCAGAUUCCAGCCAGAAGUGGAAGAAUAAUGGUUUUGUGCUUGUGGCUUCCAGCAAUAGUUACGCAUACAACAAUAGAGAUAGAUCGUGGGUUGGAGCUGUCGCAAAGAAGUUUGGAGGUAAGUGUGUCCAUGCAGAUCUAUAGAGCCUCUAAUAUUUCUUCAAAGUAUGCUAUAAACAAAUGCUGCUGAAAAUAACUUGCAUAUAUUAAAAAAAUUGUUCAAAAUUUGCUCAUUGAGCUAAUUUAAUGACAUCCAUAAAGCUUCAAAGCUG